AUGUCGUCCCAAAGCAAUAGCAGCAGCUCCUCGUCGCCGCGAGUACCACCACACAUCCGCCUGAACUCGGGACAAGAGAACAUUCUCAACAGCGAUGCAAAUGGGUCGUCGAGGACGCUCGUCCCUACAACCUCUAGACCCUCGACAGCUAAAUCACAACUACAGAAUGUCUACGCAUCUGACGUUCCGCGAGACUCUGCGGAGAGAUUACUACCACCUUCGCAAAGCCGACCGAACCGCUUUCGAGACGAUCAAUCUCCGCUGAGAUCGCCUGCUCUUUCGAGUUUCUCGUCCCGACGUUCGAGUUGGGAAUCUGAUCGCAGCGGGUUCGAAAACCCUUUUCGGGAUUCAAGUCAGUCGAGGCCCGGUUCAAGAGCUGGCAGCGAUGACAAUGAUGUCAACACUCAGACUGUCUCUGAAAAGUAUAACAUUCUUCCAUCCGCCGGACUGCUUCUAUUUCCCGAAGACGUCGAGAAAGACGACUAUUUGCACAACCCCGAUCCAAACGGCGAGCCACGUGACUGUGACAUUUUCAACAAGCGAGGCAUUAUCAACAUUGGUGGCCUGGCCCUGCUUACGAUAGGGAUAUUAGUCCUGUUUAUAGGCUAUCCAGUAUUAACCUUUGUGCAAAAGAUCACCAACACCGCCGACCCCUGCAAGGACAAUAUCGGGUGCAUCACCACGGACAAGAUCGCGUUACUCAAGAACAUUCGGACCGGGCUUAUUGACCCCAACACUCCUGCAUCGGCCAAAACGAAAACAGACUACCAUGGCAAUACCUGGAACCUGGUCUUUUCGGAUGAGUUCUCAACCCCAGGACGAACCUUUUAUGACGGCGACGACCCUUACUGGACUGCCGCGGAUAUCUGGUAUGGUGUGACUAAGGACUUGGAAUGGUAUGAUCCGGAUGCCGCUACCACAAAUGAUGGUGUGCUGGAGUUGCGGUUCGACGCUUUUCAAAACCAUGGUCUCAACUACCGCUCGGGCAUGCUCCAAUCAUGGAAUCAAAUGUGCUUUAAAGGUGGCAGGCUGGAGGCUAGCAUAUCCCUUCCCGGCCGCGGAGAUACGGUCGGUUUCUGGCCUGGCUUUUGGUCGAUGGGCAACCUAGGACGGCCUGGUUAUGCAUCGACUACGGAUGGGCUCUGGCCAUAUUCCUAUGCCGAUGUGUGUGACGCUGGUAUCACAGCCAACCAAAGCUCACCGGACGGCAUAAACUAUCUGCCUGGAAUGCGUCUACCAGCCUGUACCUGUGCUGGGGAGGAUCACCCCUCUCCAGGCAAGUCGCGCUCAGCCCCCGAAAUUGAUGUACUCGAAGCCAGUGUGGCGCCGUUCGAUGCAGCGGGCAACCAAAUUGGCGUGGUAUCACAGUCUUUCCAGGUGGCUCCGUUUGAUGUUUGGUAUCAGCCAAACUAUGAGUUUGUGGAGGUCUUUGAUUUCACAGUCACGCAGAUGAACACCUACAAAGGUGGCCCGUUUCAGCAGGCAGUGUCAGGGCUGUCGAAUCUGAACAAUCAAUGGUACGAUGGUAACGCGUAUCAGACGUACGCCUUCGAAUACACGCCAGGCGCCGAGGGAGACAUCACCUGGUUUGUCGGAUCGGAUCCUGUUUGGCGGCUUCAGGGCCAAGCGCUUGGACCGAAUGGCAAUGUUGCUCAACGGGUUAUCCCAGAAGAACCGAUGUCGGUCAUUGUCAAUUUUGGCAUGUCUCCGGGUUUCUCUGCUCUCAACUUGACCGGAUUGGCUCCACUUAUGCCGGCCAUCAUGAGGGUGGACUAUAUCCGUAUCUACCAAGAUGAUGAUGGCGAAAUGACCUGCGAUCCCGAGGGUUAUCCCACCACCAAUUACAUCAGCAACCAUUACAACGCCUAUCAUAAUCCGAACAUCACCAGCUGGUCCAACACUGGCCACUCGUGGCCCAAGAACAGCCUGGUGGACAAUUGUAAAACCUAA